GCGGAGCCCCCUCUCCUACCCCAAAACCCUCCCAAUCUCCUCCUCGAAGAGCUCGAGCGAAACCCUUCGGAGGAGUCCUCGCAAUGGGUGCGGCGGUGCUCUCCGAUCUCGUGGCGGAGGUCGUGAUCCCUGUUUCGGCGGCGGUGGGGAUCGCGUUCGCGCUCGUGCAGUGGCUCCUCGUCUCGAAGGUGAAGCUCACGCCGGAGCACCAAGCGGCGGCGGCGGCGGCGGAGAGCAAGAACGGCUCCGGCGACUACCUCAUCGAGGAGGAGGAGGGGCUCAACGACCACAACGUCGUCGUCAAGUGCGCCGAGAUCCAGAACGCCAUCUCGGAAGGAGCUACAUCUUUCCUUUUCACGGAAUAUCAGUAUGUUGGAAUCUUCAUGGUGGCCUUUGCAGUCCUCAUCUUCCUUUUCCUCGGUUCUGUGGAAGGCUUCAGCACGAAAAGCCAGCCCUGCACAUACAGCAAGGAUAAAAUGUGCAAGCCAGCCCUUGCAAAUGCCAUAUUUAGCACUCUCUCUUUCUUACUUGGUGCAAUUACCUCCGUGGUUUCUGGCUUCCUUGGUAUGAAGAUUGCGACAUAUGCAAAUGCCAGGACUACUUUGGAAGCCAGAAGAGGUGUUGGGAAGGCUUUCAUUGCUGCUUUCCGUUCUGGUGCGGUGAUGGGCUUUUUGCUUGCUGCGAAUGGGCUCCUCGUCCUGUACAUUGCAAUCAACUUAUUCAAGCUGUAUUAUGGUGAUGACUGGGAAGGGCUUUUCGAGGCUAUUACUGGUUAUGGCCUUGGUGGUUCUUCAAUGGCGCUUUUCGGGAGAGUCGGCGGAGGUAUUUAUACUAAAGCUGCCGAUGUUGGGGCCGAUCUUGUUGGGAAGGUCGAGAGGAACAUUCCCGAGGAUGAUCCUCGAAACCCAGCUGUGAUCGCUGACAAUGUUGGUGAUAAUGUUGGUGAUAUUGCUGGAAUGGGAUCGGAUCUCUUUGGUUCAUACGCUGAAUCUUCAUGUGCUGCUCUUGUUGUUGCCUCGAUUUCUUCCUUUGGAGUUAACCACGACCUCACCGGAAUGCUAUAUCCCUUGCUUAUUAGCUCCAUGGGUAUCAUUGUUUGUUUACUCACCACUUUGUUUGCAACUGACUUCUUCGAGAUUAAGGCAGUGAAGGAAAUCGAGCCUGCUCUUAAGAGGCAGCUUAUAAUCUCCACUGCACUCAUGACUGUUGGUAUUGCGAUUGUCAGUUGGUUAGCCCUUCCUUCGUCCUUCACAAUCUACAAUUUCGGUGUCCAGAAGACAGUAAAGAACUGGGAGCUAUUCUUUUGCGUCGCAAUCGGUUUGUGGGCUGGUUUGGUCAUUGGCUUUGUCACUGAAUAUUAUACCAGCAAUGCAUACAGCCCUGUUCAAGAUGUUGCCGACUCCUGUAGAACUGGAGCGGCCACUAACGUCAUCUUCGGUCUUGCUUUAGGAUACAAAUCCGUGAUCAUCCCUAUCUUCGCUAUUGCUGUUAGCAUUUUUGUUAGUUUCAGUUUUGCGGCUAUGUAUGGCAUUGCAGUUGCUGCUCUUGGAAUGCUUAGCACCAUUGCAACUGGGCUUGCUAUUGAUGCCUAUGGGCCCAUCAGUGAUAACGCCGGAGGAAUUGCUGAAAUGGCCGGAAUGAGCCACAGAAUCCGUGAGAGAACUGAUGCUCUCGAUGCUGCAGGAAACACCACUGCCGCCAUUGGAAAGGGCUUUGCUAUCGGCUCAGCUGCCCUGGUCUCCCUUGCGCUCUUUGGUGCCUUUGUGAGCCGAGCCGCAAUCUCCACUGUCGAUGUCCUCACCCCGAAAGUCUUCAUCGGUCUCAUCGUCGGCGCAAUGCUUCCUUACUGGUUCUCGGCAAUGACAAUGAAGAGCGUCGGAAGUGCGGCCCUUAAGAUGGUGGAGGAAGUUCGAAGGCAGUUCAACACCAUUCCUGGACUAAUGGAGGGAACUACUAAGCCAGACUAUGCGACAUGUGUCAAGAUCUCCACUGACGCCUCGAUCAAAGAGAUGAUCCCUCCUGGUGCUCUUGUUAUGCUCACUCCUCUCAUCGUUGGAACCUUCUUUGGUGUGGAAACCCUAUCGGGAGUUCUCGCGGGUUCUCUUGUAUCUGGUGUUCAGAUUGCUAUUUCAGCAUCUAACACUGGUGGUGCAUGGGAUAACGCAAAGAAAUAUAUCGAGGCUGGAGCUUCACAGCAUGCAAGGACACUCGGCCCGAAAGGUUCGGAUGCUCACAAGGCCGCGGUGAUCGGCGACACCAUCGGUGAUCCGCUCAAGGACACAUCCGGGCCGUCGCUCAACAUCCUGAUCAAGCUCAUGGCUGUCGAGUCGCUCGUGUUCGCUCCCUUCUUCGCCACACAUGGGGGUCUCCUCUUCAAGAUCUUCUAAGAAAGAAGGAACAAGAGAAGAGAGCUAAAAUGCGCCGUUUAAAAGCUCACAUGCCUUACCAAUCCUACUCGUAUUUUACUCUUUAUACACAUAUUUGCGGAUCUCUCUCCCUCUUUUGCGCCCUGAGUCGAAAGAAUUGUUUUUAUCAUCCUUCAUUUAGUUUAAAGUGGAGUCAAAUUUUCACCGUGCUACAGUAACUCCGAUGUUGAGAGUUGAGAGACUAGUGUAUGUGCAAAGAGAGAGAAAAUUCUACAGUUUUUUCCUUUUUUUUUUUUAAUGCCUCAAUUGAUCACCUUGUUGAAUCA